GCCACUUUCACUUCUCAGUCUUAUCCAGUGCGUCGCAGGUCGACCGCAACAUACCAACACUCCCUUCGAUCAUCAACCAUGAAGUUCACAACCUUCACAUUGCUCAGCACGAGCGCCAUCAGCGUUUUUGCUGCUCCUUAUUGGCGAAACAACACGUACUGGAACAAUACUCAUAUUGGAUCAAAGGAGAAUCCAUACUGGAAGGCUGCCAGUCAACCAGUCGUGCUCGUCACUCGUUCCGAUGACGACAAAACUGCGUCUUCCAAUCCCUACUGGAACAAUACGCACGAAGGAUUGAAAGGCAAUCCGUACUGGAAAUCUGGAAACAAACCUAUGAUUCUGAUCACACGUGAGGAGGACAAGGCGAAUUCGUCUUCGGACACUCGAUACUGGAAUGAUACACAUGCUGACUCGGAAGAGAAUCCAUACUGGAAAUCACCGCCCGUGGUUCUCAUUCCGCGAGGGGAAAGCAAUGAGACUGGCAAUGGUUAUUGGAAUGAUACACAUGCUGGCUCGAAGGAAAAUCCGUACUGGAAGUCGCCUCCUGUGAUGCCCAUUUCGCGAAACGAUGGCGGUAAGGCUGGAAAUCGCUACUGGAAUGAUACACACGCGGGCUCCACGGAGAACCCAUAUUGGAAGUCGCCCCCGGUAAUGCUCAUUUCGCGAGAGGAUGGUGGUAAAACCGGUAAUCGGUACUGGAAUGACACGCAUGCGGGCUCCAAACAGAACCCAUAUUGGAAGGAGGCAAGUGGACCUGUGAGUCUCGCCGACAAGCGUGCCGAGAACGAGACUGCGAAUGAGAAUCCAUAUUGGAAGAAUACUCAUGACGAAUCCGCGGAGAACCCGCACUGGGGGAAGUCUCAAGCUUGAGAGUUGUGCGAAGC